ACUUCCAGAGGACACACCGGCACGCCUCGUCUCUCGGACCCGGGCUGAGGCGCUCUGUCUGCGGCAUGAAGCUGCAGUUCGCCCCGCUGAACGUCCCGCUGCAGAGGAGGCUGCAGACCGCGGCGGCGCUGCAGUGGGUCUUCUCCUUCCUGGCUCUGGCUCAGGUGUGUCUGGCAGCCUUUGUGCUGCUCCUGCUCUCUGAUUGGUGGAUGCUGGCCGUGCUGUAUGCUGGUUGGCUGUGGUUGGACGGGGACACGCCCACCAGCGGGGGUCGCAGGUCUCAUUGGGUGAGGAGCUGGAGAUUGUGGGAGCUCUUCAGGGACUACUUCCCCCUCAGGCUGCUGAAAACUGUGGAUCUGGAUCCAAAGAAGAACUACAUCUUCGGGUUCCAUCCUCAUGGUGUACUGGUAGCGGGGGGGUUCUGUAACUUCUGUACCGAGGCCUCAGGGUUCUCCCAGAUGUUUCCUGGUCUCACCCCCCACCUGCUGAUGCUGCCCUUCUGGUUCAGAGUGCCUCUGUUCAGAGACUACAUCAUGUGUGGAGGCCUGGUGUCCAGCAGUAAGAGCAGCCUGUCUCACCUCAUCAGUCGUCCAGGUGGAGGUAACGUGGCAGUGAUAGCAGUGGGAGGGGCAGCGGAGUCUCUGGAGGCUCGACCCGGAGCCUUAAAGCUGCAGAUCCUGAACAGGAAGGGCUUUAUCAAACUGGCUCUCAAACACGGGGCUCAGCUGGUUCCUGUCUUUUCCUUUGGGGAGAACGAGUUGUUUGAUCAGAUGCAGAACCCGAGUGGUUCUCCGCUCAGGAGGCUGCAGAACCGGUUGCAGAGCAUCAUGGGAGUGGCUUUGCCUCUGUUUCACGCCAGAGGGGUUUUCCAGUACAGCUUCGGCCUGAUGCCCUACAGGAAGCCCAUCCACACCCUAGUUGGGAAGCCCAUCCCAGUGGUCCAGACUCCCAGUCCCAGCUCCGAGGACAUCAAGGGUCUGCAUCAGAUUUACCUGCAGAGUCUGACCGACCUGUUCGAACAGAACAAAGAAAAAUACGGCCUCAACAAACACCAGCACCUCACCUUCAUAUGACUUUUACGUGACCUUAAGCGUCUGAGCUUCAGUGCUGAUCAUGAAAUGAUGAUAUUACACGUGAUUGACAGGUACACUUCUUCCCUCCAGGAGUCCUUUUCUUUUCACAGUCCGCUUUGACCCGUCAUGUGACCUGUCAUGUCUUUAUGCACCGUCCUUCACACGAACACAGUGAUGAGGGGAACAGAUGUAAAAUGCCAAAGUACUAAAUGUGCAGCUCAUUUUUUCUGAACCACAAUCCUUUGCAAAGCUGUACGAGCAGUUUCAGUGUUGUGGUAAUGUUUCUAAAACCUCAUCCCAGUAAACAUACCUGAGGUUCCCCCUGUGUGUCUGUGACAAUAAACGAUGAUGUAAAGCCA